UUUAGUAACUGGAAAUCCCUGAUUGCUCGUUGGCAUAUCAUUUGGAUCCCUCUAGAGUAACGAUUCAGAUUGAUUCCCCGUUGAAUUUCGAUUGAGGGUUCCACAACUUAAUUCUCGGGUUGAUAAUUGAUCAAUGACGGAACGCAAGAAGAUCAUCAUCGACACCGAUCCUGGCGUUGAUGAUGCCAUGGCGAUAUUCGUGGCUCUGAAAUCGCCGGAAGUUGAAGUGAUUGGACUCACCACCAUUUACGGCAAUGUCUACACUACCCUCGCCACCAGAAACGCUUUGCAUUUGCUGGAGAUCGCUGGUAGGACAGAUAUUCCUGUGGCUGAAGGAUCUCAUGUGACGAUCACUAAAGGUACAAAGCUUCGAAUUGCUGAUUUUGUCCAUGGUACGGAUGGAUUGGGAAAUCAAAACUUUCCUCCACCAGAAGGAAAACCGAUCGAGCAAUCUGCUGUAGAGUUUCUCAUUGAACAAGUGGGUCUUCACCCAGGAGAGGUCACUGUGGUAGCCUUAGGCCCCCUAACAAAUAUUGCUCUGGCUAUACAGGCAGAUCCUCGGUUUGCCAAAAAUGUAGGGCAAAUUGUUGUUCUUGGUGGUGCCUUUUCUGUAAAUGGAAAUGUGAAUCCUGCAGCUGAGGCAAAUAUCUUUGGAGAUCCUGAAGCGGCAGAUAUUGUAUUCACUAGUGGAGCUGAUGUUCUGGCUAUUGGAAUAAAUGUCACACAUCAAGUUGUUUUAACAGAUGCAGACAAAGAUAAGCUAGAAGCAUCAAAUGGAACAUUUGCUCGGUAUAUGUGCAAAAUUUUUGAUGUAUACUUCUCAUACCAUCGCGAGUCCUAUGGCACAAAAGGUGUCUAUCUUCAUGAUCCAACAACCAUUCUUGCUGCCGUCAAUCCAUCACUGAUCACCUAUGUAGAAGGUGUUGUUCGUGUUCAGACAGUUGGCAUCACUAGGGGUCUAACAUUAUUCUAUAACAAGCAGAAAAGGUUCGCGGAAGUUAAUGAAUGGUCGGAUAAACCUACAGUGAAGAUUGCAGUAACUGUUGAUGCUCCGGGCGUGCACAAAUUGCUGAUGGACAGGCUCAUGAAUUCGUAGCCGAUGGAACUUUUCGAUGCCUUGCCUGUGAUUUUAUUCAUAUUCCUAUUUGGAGAACAGAGUUGAGCUGAGUUGAGGUCAGGUAAUUUCAUAUGUUUUAGCCCGUCCAAAACUUUCUACCGAACAUUGGAGUUUACUGUGGGUAUAAAUGUGUUUAUCAGUUUAAGUCA